UUGUACUAAAGUAAAACACUAUCUGAUAUGAUAAAGGUCUCAGGGUGGUGGCUGCUAUUACUGAGAGGCACUGUCUUAAAAUCUUUGGGCAUAUGACUUUAUUCGACAGUUGACAGAAGAGAGAGGAAAUGAGGGCAGAAAGAAAUGAGGGAUAACAUGCAACAAAGGUCUUUGGCCAAACUUGAAUUUGGGACAUUGCUGUUACUUGGUCAGCCUCUCAAACAGCUGGGCCAACAAUAUCAUGCAUGUUGGCAUGGCUGGAUCAAGAGUUGAGUUGUGCGUGAUCAGAACUAGUUCAGAGACAUGUCUGACCACAUCGGACAUGAUGAGGAAGGUGCAAUAUAAUUUAAAAAUGGGGAUAAAGACAAUCUCUCCAUUGCACUUGGCUGUUCAAUAUGAAAAGUGAAAUGUGAAAACUCUGAUGCCUUUCUCACCUCUGGUGGUCAAUCAUUGCGAGCAAUUAAGGUCAAAAUUUGCAAUUAAUCAAACUACCAAAGCCAACUGACAUGCAGGGAAUACUAAACUUUUGAGGACCUUGCAUUCUGGGGCCCCACGUCAAUUACCUGCUUUGUCCAGUGAGUAAUCCAGCCAUGCAUGUUCAAUAGUCCGAAAUUAAUGUGUUUAAUUAAAUUACGACACAUCAAAUCUGGAGCCAGACGGUAUUCUAGGGAAAAACAGUACACACAACACAGAGAGUGCGACAAACGGGAUCUUUUUCAUGGAAGACAUUUUGAAAUCUCACAGUAGGACUAGCACAUGUGUAAGUAAUAAAAUGUUAUGGCUGAAUUCGAUGUAGCUUCUUUGGUUUCAGGGUCCUGAUGUUGUGCACACUAGCUCACUGUUGCAUUGUUGUGUCUUAAGACAGCUUUAUACAAAAUUUGAUGUGUAUUCAUAUAUCUGCUGUGAAGAAGGCUUAUAGGGGCCCAGCAGAUCAAUUUUGCCCUUGGGCCCCCUGCAGGUUAAUCUGGCCCUGCCCCCAUGGUUGUUCAUAAUGCUGAGAUGUGUCUUUCUUUGGAACAAUAUACAUCCACAGCAAUGCAAAAGGGAAAAAUAACAUAAUAAAACAGCCACAACCAUACAAACCCACACAGCCAAUUAAACAACAAAGAAAAACAAGUUUUUAGGGUAUUCAUGUAACAUUCUUUUUACAAAUAAAAAUAACACUUUGUUAUGUUUGUGAGUCAAUCAAAUCAGACACCAUGUAUUGACUGUACCUGCCUACCCUACCCCCCUGGGCUCCUGCCCUCCUCUCAGCCAUCCGUCGUUGCCAAGGUUUCCGUGUACGCGCUGCCUGCGCGAGCGGCGCCGCGCGAUUGUCAUACAGUAUUGGCAGACAUGGCGGCGGAUCUACAACCCGAGUGGAUUUCUUGUCUCCCUUCUUCGUGGAGUUAUGGGGUUACUCGGGAUGGACGCGUCUUCUUCGUUAACGAAGAAGCCAAGAGUACAACCUGGCUGCAUCCAGUGAGUGGCGAGGCGGUAAUAACCGGGCACAGAAAAACUCCAGACCUACCCACUGGAUGGGAAGAAGGAUAUACUUUCGAGGGGGCACGGUGCUUUAUCAAUCACAAUGAGCGGAAGGUGACCUGCAAGCAUCCUGUCUCGGGCUUACCAUCACAAGACAACUGCAUCUUUGUCGUCAACGAACAUGUGAAUUGUGGAAAGUUGUGUCACCCAGCGUUUAGCAGAUCGUCCUCCAAAGUGCCAGCGAAUGAGAAGAAGGAACGAGCAGUAAAAAACAUGAGUGAGGCCUCCAACUACACAGGCGGCUCGGACUACGCCGCUAACCCCAGUAGCCCAGCAGGAAGACCCUCAAGACCUUCCAAAAAAGUUCAUAAUUUUGGGAAGAGAUCCAACUCUAUCAGGAGGAAUCCAAGUGCCCCAGUAAUCAAGAGAAACUGGCUUUAUAAACAGGACAGUACAGGGAUGAAGCUGUGGAAGAAGAGGUGGUUUGUGCUGUCUGACCUGUGCCUCUUCUACUACAGAGACGAAAAAGAGGAGGGGAUACUUGGCAGCAUACUCCUACCAAGCUUUCAUAUAUCUAUGCUGUCUGUGGAUGAUCACAUUAACAGAAAAUAUGCCUUCAAGGCAACACAUCCCAACAUGAGGACGUACUAUUUUUGCACAGACACAGCCAAAGAAAUGGAGUCUUGGAUGAAAGUAAUGACAGACGCUGCACUUGUGCACUCAGAGCCGGUCAAAAGGUUGGACCGGCUAAAAGUGGAGCAGUGCGGACCACAAGAGAUCAAUCAUGUGGCCAACCACAGGCCACCACUCACACAGCCUGAAAUCCAAAACAAUGAACGCAACCGUGAGGUCGAUCUUGAGUGCACUGCCGCAGUCACCUCCACCACGGCAGAAGAAGAGAGGAAGCAGCUAGAUGCUGAGCGCUACGGUUUCCAGAAGGACGGGGAGGAGCGUGAACGUCCACUCACAAAGAUCAACAGCAUCAAACUGCAGCCAGCCCAGGCAGCAGCUGUCAAAGCUAACUUCACCUCGCCGCAGACUCCAACGGAGAUGGAUGGGCCACACCAAGUUAAUGGGUCUGGCGAGCAGUCUCCGGCUGAUGGGACCGGAGUCCCUCCUCAGCGAAGUCCCACCCAUGACCCAGACCGCACCCUGAGCAGGACCAGCUCUAUGCAGCAGCUGGAGCAGUGGGUUCGUACACAAAGAGGACGUAACCAGGAUGAUGACACCAGGAGCAUCACAUCAUACCAGACACUGCCUAGAAACAUGCCAAGCCAUCGGGUGCCCUAUAUGCCUCAUUAUGGAGAUGGCUACCGCAGUAUGCCCAGGAAUAGCAUGGCUCAGCGGGACAGCAUCUGUAGUAUGUCGCCAUCAUUGUACGACCAGGCCCUGGGUCCCUCGCCGGUUGACAAGCGCCGCUCCAUGCGCGAUGACACUAUGUGGCAGUUGUAUGAGUGGCAGCAGAGGCAGGCCUACUGCAGACAGCCGGGUCUCUACAGCAAUAUGGCCAGUCCCAAAACCAUGAUCAAUCUGUCAGAGCAUGCCGCGCCGAGCCACUCCAUCCCUCCCUCGCCCUCCCACGGCUCCCUGUCGAUGUACGGUGGCUACUCUCCAAUGCGAUCCUACAACAUGAACAGUGCUCAUUCCGAGGUUUCCUCCCCCAUCUACAGAAGAGACAUGAGCAUCGACAGACGGCACAGGCCUCAAGUCAACAAGUAUGCCUACCCACCUGAUAGGAGGUCUAUGCCUGUAGGGAUCCCAGUCCAGACUAUCACUGCCCAGUCUCUCCAAGGCAAAACACCUGAGGAACUGACUCUGCUGCUGAUAAAGCUGCGGCGGCAGCAGGCAGAGCUAAACAGUAUCCGGGAGCACACUGUAGCACAGCUUAUGCAACUAAACAUGGAUGGCGACAACCCAAAGAAUGACAUUCUCUCCCAUCACCUCCAAAGGAACCUCAUGUUUUUGGACAAUCAGAUGAAGGAAAAUGACCCUUUAAUCGUCAUGACUCACACUUUGAUUGAGAACUCUGCCCCAAGGCCUCAACUUUACCAGCAACUGAGUCCAGAGGACUACAGAGAACAUGCCUAUACGUGUAUGCCAGAAGAGGUGGACAUUGAUACCAAACUUAGCAGGUUGUGUGAGCAGGAUAAAGUGGUGAGGACACAGGAAGAGAAACUUCAGCAGCUGUACAGAGAGAAGCACACCCUGGAGACAGCACUGCUGUCAGCCAGCCAGGAGAUAGAGAUGGGCUCUGAUAACCCAGCUGCCAUGCAGAGCGUCAUCCAGCAGAGAGACUUACUGCAGAGCGGCCUGCUCAGCACCUGCAGAGAGCUGUCGAGAGUCACUGCUGAGCUGGAGCGGUCAUGGAGGGAGUAUGACAAGCUGGAAGGAGAUGUGACUCUGGCUAAGAACAACCUGCUGGAGCAGCUAGAAGCACUAGGAAGCCCUCAGACAGAGCCUCCCAGCCAGCAGCACGUCCGCAUCCAGAAAGAGCUGUGGAGGAUUCAAGAUGUAAUGGAGGCCCUCAAUAAACACAAAGCUCAGAGAAAUGCUGUUGAUGGGAUGGGUUUCUAUGGGCCUAAGACCAACUUCAGUAAGCACAAAAAUGAGGAGGAGGACUCAGUACCCCCACGGCCACCCCUACCUCAGUCCUACGAGCCCAACCCCCCUACUGUGCCCCCUAUGCCCUCUCAUGCUGGUGUGCGCCCAUCAUCACUCCACAGGCCGGAGGACAGGAAGUCCAGUCACAGGAAUGGCACACACAGCGGUCCAGACUACAGGCUGUAUAAGAGUGAACCAGAGCUCACCACAGUAGCCGAAGUGGAUGAGAGCAAUGGAGAGGACAGAUCUGAACAUCCGUCUGAUAGAGAACAUUCUGGAAACAAAGGGAUGUCCUACCCAGUUGGCAUUGUCCCACCGAGAACCAAAUCUCCAGUGCCUGAGUCUUCCUCCAUAGCUUCGUAUGUCACAUUAAGGAAAAGCAAGAAGCCUGAUCCUAGGACGGAGCGUCCACGAAGCGCAGUGGAGCAGCAGCUGUGUGCUGUGGAGAGUGGCCGGCCCAGGAUGAGUGUGGAGGAGCAGCUGGAGAGGAUUCGUCGCCACCAGCAGGGAACCCUAAGGGAGAAGAAGAAAGGCCUCAGCAUCCGGGGUAGCAGCCAGGAGAAAACACCCUCUCGCAGUCACUCAUUUACUAAAGAAAACCAUUUCCGCAGCAUGCAGUCCCAAAUGAGACGCAGAGAUGAGGUGAUGAGCAGUGACAUUCAGGAGCUGGAGGCCUCUCUCAGGCAACAGGAGGUGGUGAGGGAGCAGGAGACGCCCGCCGAGGAAAUUGCCCGUCUCAAAGAAGCUUCACAGGCUGACCACUUUAAUGUGGACCGAGAGCUUUCUGUGCCUGACAAAGUGCUGAUUCCUGAACGUUAUGUAGAGUCAGACCCUGACGAGGCUCUGAGCCCUGAGCAGGAGGCUGAUAAGCAGAGGAAAGUUGACCGCAUCAAAGCCCUCAUAGCAAAAAACAGCAUGCAAAAUGUGCUGCCUAGCAUGACUCUAAGCCCAGAGGAGGAGACUGAAGAGGAGGUUACUGUACAGGAGAAAGAGAAGAUGAUUAAUAUCUCCUACGAGCUGGCAGCUGAGGCCUCCAAACGCAGCAAGCUGGUAGCAGUGAAAAGCCUGUCGUCCUCUUCCCCACCCCUUCCACAGUCUCCUAACACACCCCCUCAGCUCACUGAUGGGUCUCACUUCAUGUGUGUGUAGUAGCACCACACAGGCUCUGGCCUCAGUAAAAACAUACACAUGAAGGAAACAGCAGUAGAAGUAUAAAGAUGCCCCUGAAGACUUACCCAAGGACAUCAGCACAAGGCCACAGGCCCACAGAGAGUGAAACUGCCUACUCUGUCCUCUGGGGUCUUAACCUCUGACUUCUGUAUGCUCACUGUGACGUCUUAAGCUCUGAUGCCACAAAAAACUCUUUUCUCUGUGACAUUUCUCUGCAAUUGCCCCUAUUUUGGGGCGUCACACUCUCCUUAACCUGGUGAGACAGCUUUGAUUCUGUUGUUGCAGUUCCAUUUUCAGUUUUUACAAGGCUUUUAAGUUUAUUUUUAAUAUUUAUAUGGUUUUAUUAGGUUCUUGUUUGAAUAUGGGCUAAUGUCUGUCUGUAGAUAUAUAUGAGGCUAAUAGACAGAGCUCUGCUGUAAGCCUAAGGGCCCGUGAUUAAAUGUUUUUGGCCAUGCCACAUUUUCCAUUCAUGUUUCACCACCUGUCCAAAAAGGUUACAAGAAAACAUUUUCACAUCAUUUGAGUUCACUUAAGUCUUUUAUAAUUCACUCAAUUUGUUUUUCAGGCAUUGGUCAUCAGCCAACCAUUCAUAUUUAUCCAUUUAUUGUAAAGAACAUUUGUCGAUGCAAAACAUAGAGAUAUAGAUUCCUCCAUUAUAAUGAAAGGAGGAGCCACAUUAUUGCUGCAGACUAAGAUUAUUUGUAAUUUCUCCUAUUUCUGGGUUGUAAUUAUUUAAAAAUGGGAUCAUUUGCAGUCCCUGUGGCGUUGUUGCCGACAAUUGUGUGAAUGUUCUGGCUUAAGUCACUCUAUACUGUCUUUUUUUUUUAUUGCUGAGAGAUCUAUUUAAUUGAAAGAUGGAAAAAAUCUGACUUUGGUUCUAUUUUAUGAUAUGUUGGUUUGAAGUCCUGUAACUAAAAAAAAAAAAGAUGAGCACAUGUAAAAAGCAAUAAAAAUGUUUGUGGAUCCAGGAUAAAUUUUUUUUGUGUGUACAAAGUGUAAUUAUCAGAGGUUUACUGUGUAUAUAAUGUACAUGGUACAGCAGGAUGGGAGGAUGUAUCCAACAUAUGGUUACGUACUAGAUUUGAUUGGAAAUGUUCAUAUCCCAUCUGUUUUAUAUCAUGUUAAAUAAAUGUUGCUGUUCUUAA